GCGAGCAGUCUCGACUGGCCCACUUCCAAGCCGGAGACGGAGAAGGCAGUACUUUUGGAGAUUAGCGAAGUGCGAUGACCAGUUUGCCAAGAGAGCAUAUCGUAUUAGUUCCCGAUCCCUGCUGGUAAAAUUAUUGCUCUCCUUUGUGAAUUCAGGUCUCCGAGAGUGUAGUUCUUGAACUCGAGCCAUUGAUCAUAUCAGAGAAUGCCGUUCCUCUUCUUAUCAUCUCCAUCGCCAUCCAAAUUGCCUAUACGCCGUAACUUUUUGCUGACGGUGCAAUGCCCCGAUUUGCACCAGACAGUUGGAACCCCGCCGUCAAUAUCACAUCAUGGUUUCUUAUGAGCUCGACCGCCCUGUGUGUCAUGUGUCGACUAGUGACGAAAUGGCUGAUCUUUCGAAAAUUGACAAUGGAUGAUUAUUUCGUUAUUAUAUCUCUCGCAUUCUGCAUAGGAAACACCAUUGCACUCUCCAUGGCCACGGCCAAUGGUUAUGGCGACCACACGAGCAUAGCAUCGAGGGCCAAACAAGACGCCGUCAUGAAGUCUCAAUUUGCAGCCACACUACUCUUCAUAGUCAGCCUGCUGUUUUCGAAGAUUUCCAUGACGAGAUUCAUUCAUAGUCUUUCUCCCACUAUAAGGGAUCGGCGAUUCGCACAUGUCAUCAAAGGCUUGGUGGUGGUGACUGGUUUGACUGCGUUUCUUGGAAUCGCGUUCCAAUGUCGGCCCCCAAGAGUGUGGGAUUACAUGCAUGGACAGUGCAUUGAUGAGAUCACUUGGCUCAUGUUCACCGCUACCACAACCAUGAUUACCGAUUUUCUUAUCAUAUUGCAAGCCAUGCUGUUGAUUGUGCAUAUCCAGGCAACACUGCAAAAGAAGGCCCUGUUUGCGAGUAUAUUUCUCCCCCGCGUGCUUGUCAUCGCGUCAGCGCUCACCCACCUCAUCCUGGCGCAAAAAGCCUCCCACGCCGACCCUUUCAUCUCAACUGCUGCUCCAACAAUCUGCAUGCAGAUCACGCAGUCGCUCAGCAUCGUCACGGCCUGCUGGGGCCAGCUGAAGCCCUUCCUCGAUCGGAUCCGAUCUGAUGCGUUCAAGCUCUCCGGUGCCGAAUGGACCAGGUCGAAUACAUCAUCCGGCGCGGGGGCAAGUAGGGGAUAUCGGUCGAUUAAUUCGCAUUCGCAGUCGCGUCUAAGAGCGAAGGACUCGACACAAGGCCUGAGAUUGGACUUCGUACCCGAGUCGAUGAAGAGAACGAAAACGAUGAUUUCUGGAGGGAAGGGCAAGGAGUGGGAUAAAGGGAGUCAGUCAAGCGAGACGUGCAUCAUCCGCGAGACGCGGAGCUUUGCGAUUGCAGAGGAAAAUGCGGGGAGGGAAUAAUUUGUCC